AUGUCUUGGUUUUUUCAAUCGAAAAUCGCAAAAUCCCACUUUUAUGUUUGGUAUUUGGGAUCAAAGGAAGCCGAUGGAGUGAGGGGAAGUGCAGUAGUCCUGCCAGUUAUGCGACAACUUUUGAAAGAAAGUUUCAAGAAAACACCAAGUAAAGCUACUGUACAGGUGAGUUCGUCCGUUCCCAUAUACUAUAAUGUUAUUCCGGAGCAAUUAGAAAAAAACUGCACAACCAAAAAACUUUUUACCGGGAAAAAAACAUUUCACAUUUUCAGUUUUAUACAAAAAAUAUCAACAAAAAAAAACAAGGAACGCCGCUUCUUCUCUCUCGUCCAGACGUUCAAAGAUCUAUCAAUGACUUGGAGCAUAGACUAUUCCUAUCUGGAUUAUUGGUUCCAAGGUACAGUAAAAGCUCUAUACGAGGUGCACCCUGACCUAUUUUUGUUUCUUUCCAGAAAUAACAACAAUAAUGGCAGUGAGUGCUCCGGAAGUAUAAACCAAAACCCUUUGCGCCCACAAAGAAGUUGUUCUCAAUCUCGGAGUGUGAGCAGAUCUACAGCAGGAUUUGAUGAGAGAUCAUCUCCUUUGGAAAGAGAUCAACGAAACAGAACUUCCGAUAUUGAUGCACCGCCUCGUCGGCAAGCUCCAACCAUUUCUAGGCGUGUAGUCGAUGAAUUGAAAAAUCGGAUAAUCGGAGAAUCCCGGCUAAUGAAUUUGGGGAGAAGUAGAGAGAGUUCAUUGAAUCGUUACGAGUCGGAAAAGCGAGCUUCUUUGUCUGAUCUACCUAUUGAAACCGAUUCAACACGGUAUCGGAUGUUUGGGGAUACGAUGCUCAGAGACACAAAAAAUAAGUCAAGAAGUUUAGAUGACUUAGCUGCAGAUCCGCUUGUUUCUACGUUUGUUUUAAUUUCUCGUUUAUUAGAACAGCAUAUUAUUACAGUAACCUUCGAGGCGGCGUCGCUCCACCUUCUCCACCUCGUCGAUUCCCGCGAUCAGAAUAUGUUGCUGACCCUUUUGGGCACAAUUCGUACGAACGGACCAACACAUUAG